AUGGUCCGUAUCAUCGACACGUCAAUUGCGCUUGCGGCCUUCGCGUCGUGUGCAGCCGCCUCUGUCACUGGUCAACCGCAGUCAGGACCAUGCGGAACACUGGCCAACGUCGUCAAGAGGAAUGCUCCCCGUGAUGCCGGCGAUAUCAAAGUGCGUCAGGCAGCCAGCAACGGAACGAACUCAACUGCCACAUUGGAUCUCUACUACCAUGUCAUGCUUGCCGAGGGCAAUCACACGACGGAUUUCAUCACAGAUGAGCUCUUGAAACAUCAAACGACGGUGCUGAACGAAGGCUUCGUGCCAAUGGGCUACCAGUUCCGACUGGCAGAGACAACGUGGUCGAACAACGCCAGCUGGUUCUACAACGCAACGCAGCAGUCUCGGCAGGAAACCGACAUGAAGACGGCGCUCCGCAAAGGCGACAAGGCGGCACUGAACGUGUACAUCGUCGGUCUCUGGGACGCCAGCAUCUCCGCAUGGUCCACCGUCCCACUCGAACUCGACUUCAACAUCCCCGCCGAUGGAGUCGUCCUCCACAACUCGGUCCUCCCCGGCGGCAGCAACACCGUCUGGACCCUCGGCAAGACCCUCAUCCACGAAGUUGGCCAUUGGGUCGGCUUGUACCACACCUUCGAUGGUAACUGCGUGUACAAUGACGACUACGUCGAUGACACUCCGCUCGAGGCCACCCCGGCGCAGUCGUGGGAUGCGCUUGGUGGGUGUCCCGUGGGACGCGAUUCCUGUCCUGAUGCUCCGGGAUUGGAUCCCAUCCAUAACUACAUGGACUAUACGAGUGAUGAAUGCAGGUACGAGUUUACGCCUGGGCAGAUUGCGUACGCGCACAACGAGAUGAAGACGCAUAGAGGCGUGGUUGUGUAA